GAAGGAUCCACCCAGGCCUGCUUAGCCUGUGAUAUCUACAUCCACGUCCGCCCGCAGGUUUUUCUGCGGUGGGAGGAACCGGGCCUGAGGCCGAUCCAGACUCAAAGACAUCGACCCAGCAACCCAGCGGCUCAGCUCACCGACCCUUUGAAGCCGCAAAAAACGGCACUCGGGCCCGGUUCUCCAACCCGCUCCAUGAGCAAGAGCGACUUCGAUUAAUCAUGGCACUGCGGCUCCUGUGCAGUCUGCUGCUGCUGCUGCCCUGCCGCAGUGACGAGGUAAAGCCAGUGGUCACAAACUACCUGGGCUGCUUUGACACGCGUGAGCGUGAGAGCUAUGGCUUCCGAAAGAAGCACUGGGCCUCAAGCCUCGAGGAUGUCAUGUUCAAGUGCAGCAUGUACAGGUAUGCAGUUUUGGAGUGCCCAUCGGAGACAAGAGCAGUGUUUUGGUGCACCAACCAGCUCUUCCCGCCUUCCAAGAAGCUUUCGCACGGGAACUGCUACGGCAACCCAGAAGGUGCUCCUGAGCUGAACAGGGGCAGCAACGGCCUGUGCAGCGGGCCAUUCUGGUGGCCAUUGCUCGAAGGCUCGGUGGCCUUGGGAGGAUGGCACCGAGGAGCCUUCUACAGUGUCGUGCGAGACGUGGCGCUCCUGGCAGAGUCUCCAGGCAAAGACGUGACCCUCCAAGAGGACGGGCUGAAAGUGCACGAGAUCAGCGACGACGGCAGCUACUUCUUUGUGGAGAAGAAGGACUGGCAGUCGCACUUCGGAUUACUGCAGAGCGAGGAAGGCUCCCGGCAGGUGGUGGAGCAGCUGCGCGACGGGGCAGCGGUCUGGACUGGCUCAGUGAACAUCACUUUGCCCCGGGUGAAGCAGACAGUGCUCACCACAACCACCACAACCUCCAGUGCCCCGGAGGCUGGCAGCGGCCACUGGGAACAGGAGAGCUGCGAGUUCAGCUUCCCGGUGCCGAAGCUGCGGGGCCUGCGGAAGUGCAUGUGGAUGGUCCUUGCGGCUGCGGGCUCUGAGGAGGACUACAAGACGCUCAGGGACACUGGCAUCCCGGUCAGACCCAGAGGCAAAGGCGAGACGCCCGCCUAUGAGAAGAACCUCUGGGACUAUCGCUACAUUGGCAUGCCCGGCACGUUGAAGGCCUGCAAGAAUGUGCAGGACAACAUCUCUGACACAGUCACCUUCUCCCGCUUCCCUCCAGGGGUCUACGAGCUGAGGCUUCAGAAGAAUGGCAGGAAAAGGCUGCAGACGCAGGUGGUGAAACUCACGGGCGAUUGCAAGGUGAAGGCUGGCUGUGCCACCACUGGCACCUCGGGUGCGGGGGCCGACAAGCCCUGCAUUUUUCCUUUUAACUACGAGGGCAUCAUCUACCGAGAGUGUACCACGGUGAAGGCCUCUGCAAAAUGGUGCGCUACAAAGACGGAUGAUGAUGGACACUACAUCUCUGGCGAGUGGGGCUACUGCGGAGAAGCCUGCUCAGAGGCGGUGGUGCAGGAGAAGCUGCCGACUCCAGCCACCUAUGCCCAAGUUGGCACAGGCGUCUCCUGCGGCAAGGAGGCGUACCGCAGUGGGGACUCCCCGGAGAAAUGCAGAGAGUGGUGCGAGCAGCAUGAUGAGUGCAAGGCGUACGUGACCUUCGAAGACAGCCCUUGCGACAGCUGCCUGGCCUUCACAGCCAACGACUGCGGACCUGCGAACCAGCAGGCCAGCGAGUGCACGGGCCAGAUCUCGGCCUUCAACAAGAUCCGGAAAGAGGACAGCAAGGAAGCGACCAUGGAGGAGUGCCAGGUGACCUUCAGCUACGCGAACUGCAAGGACGGCGUGGACGACCGGGACAUCACCGUGGGCUUCAGCGCCGCUUUCCAGGGCUACCCCUUGAGCUACUCCGUGGAGUAUAGCGCUGAAGGCGGCAGCAAUUUGUUGGGCUGCCGCGGUACACACCGCGAUGUCGACUUGAAGUUCACAGAUGCCCAGGGCAAUAGCCAUUUGACAACACUAGUUGAGGGCGAGACUGCUGCCGUGGAGGUGACCAACUUCCGCUUCAGCAGCAACUGUCCCAUGAAGAAGGCGGCCAGCCCUGAGCCGUGCAGUGUGACCUUCUUGGACAGGAAUUGCGGCACGGGCGAGAGCUCGGACAAGACGGUGAAAUUUACGGCCAGCUUUGCAGAUGAGCCGCUGGAGUACAACUUGGAAUACGGCGAUGAAGGUGGCACCAACACGGACAGCUGCGCGGGCACCUAUCGUGAAGCCUCGAUCAGCUUCAUGGGCGCUGACACCUUGGCGCAGAGUGUGGUGCUGGUGGACAGCAGCGGAGAUGCGGUAGAGGUCAGCAAUCUGCGCUUCAGCAGGAACUGCCCCAUGAAGGAGGUGACCAAGCCAGCCUUGCCUGGUUUGCAUCCCGACUGGUCCAAGCCCAUUGGCUCGACGAUGACGGCGCUGAGUAGUCCAACCAGCAGCGAUGGGCCCGUGCAGAACCUUCUGGAUGCCUCCACCAACAGCUAUGCGAACUUUGCAGGCACCGGCUGGGCGUUCCCUGUCUGGGUGGUCUUCGACCUGCACAGCAGCAUCCAAGUGGCCGGAUUCGAAGUGAAGCCGCACAAGGCAGCGGGGGCGCCGAAGCGUCUGGCCCUGGGCUUCUGCGACACCUCCACGGCCGGGCCGUGGCUGCCGGUGGACACCUACAGGGUGAAGUCGGAGUGGAGCGGGGUGAAGCGCUGGCCCUUCGCCGACUCCUACUCAGGCCGCUUCUGGAAGCUGACUUUCCUGGAGUCCUUUGAUGGUUCCGCGCCGAAGAUCAACUACGUCCGCUUCUACCCGCCCGAGGGCGGCAUCAAUGAGCGGCGAGCUGCGAGCAUCUUGCAGACAGUCGAUGUGCUGGAUGAUGUCGUGGAGCAGCCAUCGUACGGGAGCUCGGCGCCAAACUACAACUCUGUGACCGUGAAGAUGGGUGCAAUGUCUGAAGCCGGGAUGCAGCACCUGCUGAUCAUGGACAUAUUGGUGUUUGACUCGGAAGGCAACCAGCUGCAGAUCAAGGAGCUGCGAGUCCUUGCUGAGAAGAAUGGGGCCGAUGCGCUGGCCCCUGGCAUCUAUGUAGGCGGAGCGCGCAUGGAGAGCAUCACCGACGGCUCCCACACCACGCUCCCCGACGGCGGAUGGGUCAACGGCGAGAUGGGCCAUGACCCCCACAUUGGUGUUCACGGCAGUUUGUCCGAGAACUCCGACAUCUUUCAGGUGACCGCAGAUGGGGACAUCGUCCGCCUGCAGCUGGACUUCUGCCGCAAGAACGAUGCACCCGCUCUGAAGUUUGUGCGUGGCGACGGCGCGGAGUCUUUGUCUCCGGCACAGUCUGGCAUGGAAGGCACGUCCGAGCAGAUCCACUUCCCGGCGCCUCCGAGCACGCUGCAGGGGCACCGGAUGUGGGCCUCGGAACUGGGCCAAUGGCAGCAGGGGGACCAGCUGCAGCCUGUUACGGUGCCCGAUGGAUGGGCCUACAGCUUCCCGAGCUUCGCGUCGGGGCAGUGCGCGGCGGCAGUGAAGUCCCUGGUGGCAGCGUCGAAGGCCCUCUGCGAGAAGAGCUGCGCAGACGCCAUGGGCUGCCACUUCUUUUCCUACGACGCAGGAUCGGGCGAUUGCAAGCACUUUGCCUCCUGUGAAGUGGACAGGAUGGACACCAAAGGCAACUACAUGACAUAUCAGAAGAAGCUUGCUUGCAGCACCGCCAUUGCCACGGCGCCGGAGGUGGCGCUCACUUCGCCGCUGCCCGGGUUCAAGACGCGGCACCAGUGCCAGGCUGCCUGUUCAUGGCAGGGCGCCUCGUUUGUGCAAUACCGCAAGGAUGACGACGACACGGUGUGUAGAUGUGGGCUGCCUGGCCUGUCCUUCUACCAGGUGAUGGUGGAUGUGGGUACCAACCGCAAGCCAUACGACAGUCACGAAGAGGCUGCUCCUUGCACAGAUCUGGAGGGUUGGAGCAACGGCUGGUGUCUCAUGGAGAUUUGUCCUUUGCCCGAAGACACGGCUGCUUCUGAGACCGAGUACUCGGCCUUCGGCACAGGCGGCCAUUGCAGCAGCAGCAUGCUGCGGAAAUCCAAAGGUGUGCCCAGUCUGACUGGCUGCCAAGGGCUUUGUACCCGGGAGGCGGACUGUCGCUAUGUCUCCUACGACGCAGGCGGAGUGGACAACGGUGCUUGCGUUCGCUACGCCAAGUGCCAGGAAGAUGCCAUGGUGGUUCCACCAGACACCGCCUUCUCCACCUUCCAGAAGAGCUCCAAGGGCAUGGACCGGCCGCCCAGCUGGCGGCUCUUCACCAGCUCUACCUGGCGCCGCGGCGCCAAGAACGAGCGUAACUGUUGGAAGAUUUCAGACGUGCAGUUCUUCGCCUCUGAGGAUUGCGAAACCAUGGAAUUUGGUGUGCCGCCCGAAAAGCAGAUCUUCAGUGGUGCCGCCUCAGGCUCCGACGCCAGCAAGGCCUUCCGCGCGGGCGCGGGCGCGGAGCUGCGGGGCGCCGACGGGGACUUCGGCUCCAGCGAGGUUUGGCUGGGCGCCAAGGAGCUGGGAGGCGUACGCUGCAUCCGCUUCGUGCAAGAGGCUUCUGCCGAGCACACGGCAACGCAGUCGGGCACUGGCUGCCGGCCACUCUCAAACCUCGAGGUGCAGAUCGGCGACUUUGAAGGUGCGAAUUGGAAGACCGUGGUGAGUAUCCCUUGGAGCGUCAAGAAAGACGGAGUGAACAAGUUCUCGAACCUGGACCGCGCCAGCGCCGCGGUGUUCCAGCUGGAUGCCUCCCUGGCGCCGCCCAAGACGCUGAGCUGCGUCUUCCAGGUCAACGACCGCCUGAAGUCGGUGCUCUAUGGGGGUGUGGACCUCAUGGGCCUCGCUGGCAUGGGCGAAGGCAACUCGGAGAAGGUGCACGUGGUCAGCUUCACGGUGAAACCAGGCGCUUACCUCGCGAUCACUGGCGAGGAUGCUGAGGGAGACUUCCACGACACUGGGGGCUUCUGGGCGGACUGCGGCUCGGUGGCGCCGGCCGCAAAUCUUCAGAGCUCUUGGGAGCUCUUCUGCAGCAACAACCACAUCGAUGUGGCCCACCGGGAGGGCGCCGGUGCUGGCUGGGCGCCCGGCUCGGCCAACAGCUUCAAGGCCAAGACCAAGCGCAUCUUCGGCGGCGCGGUGGACAAGGCCUCGCUGGGCAUGGAGGCGGCCAAGUACUGCACCUUCCGGAUGCUGCCGAAGAAGGCGUUGAGCUUUCAGACCCUUCGCUCCAAAGGUUUGUAUGGCCUCUCAGAGCUGGACAUGACGGCCUUCAACGAGCGCUUCCGCGAUGCGCGCACCGGUAUCAUCCGGCGAGAGUGCCAGGAUUGCGAGGACACGCACAAAAAGAUCUACAUGAGGCGCAAGACUCUGAAAGACACUUGGGAUGCCUACUCUGGCAUUGUGGUGCGCUGGGACGAGCAAGGUAUCCACAAGGACUUUGACCUCUAUUCCACCUUGCAGGAUGCCUUGGACGACCGCAAUGCCUGGGCACGCUGUGACGGGGUGCCCACCGAGGACGCAGGCUUUCCCGGUUCGUGCGGCCCGCGUGAGGCACCGACAGAGCCGCAGUGGACGAGCUUGAGCCCGGGGCAUGGUAGGCAGAACUACAAGUAUGCGGUCUACCAGGUGGGCCAGCGGAUGGUCAUGAACUUUGCAAACCACGGGGAAGGACUUUGCAGCGGCGUGCCGCUGCGCGCAAAGCUGGCGGUGGAGUCGGCGGAGGCGUGCCAAGAGCUCUGCGCCCAGGAGGAGGACUGCAUCUAUGUGAGCCAUGGCGACCCCAACACACUCUCUUGCAUGCAGUUCAGUGGCGCCUCUUGCGGUUCGCUGCAGUUCCCCGCCUGCGGCGGUCUCUCCUGCGGCUUCCAAACCUGGGCAAAGCAGCGCGAUGAUCGCGUGAAUUGCGACUUCGUGAUGAACGACCAGGUGGUUUCCGUCUACUACGGAAUCAACAUCACGGAGCUCGUGAGCAACACGCCGGGCAACGCCAAGGAGAGGCGGCGACUGAGUGUCGUCAGCAAGCCAGGUGAGUAUCUCAUUAUCACCGGCAUCAGCUUGGGUGGUGACAUGAAGUUUCAAGGCGGCUUCUGGGCAGACUGUGGCAGUUCCGCCCCGCCUGACAAGCUGGAUGACACCUGGGAGUCCUACUGCUCGGAUGAGCCGAUUGAUCAGCUGCACCAGAAAGGAGGCGGUGAUGGCUGGAGGCCGCCCAUGGUGAGGAGCACGGGCCAAGCAGCUUUCCCAAUCACGCUGGGAGACGAUGGCAAGUGGAAGUAUUGCGCUUACCGAGCUGUGGUGGCGCGGAUCCGGCCCGUCUGGACCAAUGCUUGGUGCAAAAGCGCCACCGUCUUCGACACCUGGCCGGGGAUGUCGGGCCUUCCCACGGCGUUCGCAUGCAGCAGCGCCUGCACGGGGGACGCACGCUGCCGCUUCUUCGGAUUUGGCAAGGACCCCCGGGCCACGCUUCCGCGCUGCGCCUUCUUCGAGACCUGCCGCGAGCGCCGAACCUACGACAAGGGCGACUUCCACGUGUACAAGGCGGAGGAAGUGCGCGACGAGCUACAGUGCACCUUCAAGCCAAGCAGCGAAGGCAUCCAGGACAUCUUCUAUGGAGCGUACAUUCCACAGAAGGACAGCGUGCACAUCACCGUCAGGCCGGGCACGUACCUGGUCUUCUUCGGGCGCACCUUGGGCCGGGGCUUCUGGGCGGACUGCGGGGGCCUGGCGCCCCGCAACGCCAUGCAGGAUGCCUGGGAGGCGUUCUGUGAUACGAGCCUGGACACGGUGCACAAGAUGGGGGGCGGCACUGGUUGGCGCACGCCGGUGGUUUCGGCGGACGAUGAGCUGGUGGGCUUCGAUGGCAAGGAGCACUGCGCUUUCCGGCUAAACCCUCACGCUCUGGCGUCCGCGCCGGAAGUCACCCCGGCGUUGCUGGAGCCCAUCUACACCCGGGCGCUGAGCUCCGGAAAGCGCUGGCUGCGCGGCCCCGGCGGCCCGCAGGGCAGCGACGUGGCAAAGGGCGAAGGAACUUACCUAGGGGGGAAGUACGAGGUGUACCUGAACCAGAGCCUGGAGGAUUGCCAGACGCUCUGCAGUGACCGUGAGUGGUGCACGGGCUUCAACUACAAGCACACAGACUCUUAUUCUACGGUGCCAGAUUGGAAGGCAAGCACGUGCCAGCUGGUCAGCCAGCUGCUCGCAACCGAAACAGGGGUUACCAAUCUUGACUCCUACCAGAAGCAGCAGCGGUCAGGACCUGUUACCGCUCCCUUCGAUGCGACGACCACAACGACCACAACGAUGAAGGUCUACAACUUCACCCUUGUGGGACAGGGUAUUUGCGCCAGCAUGGAGCGGCUGUUGCACCAGCCGGACGUGGGCUCCAGGGAGACCUGCCAAGAGAUUUGCAACCGCAUCCCCAAGUGCCAUGCCUACUCCUACUGCUCAGAUUCGGAGAUUUCCGGCUGCGUCGGAUUCUGUGGUCUCUACACAGGAACCGUGCACCAUGCGGACAACCAGAACACCAGCAGCUGCUGGGCCAAGACAACUUGCCGAACGAUCGUGCUCGACACGCCCAAUGCCACUGUGGCAGGAGAGUGGAAGUCCAGCCGAGUAGUGCCUGGUUUCGUGGGCCGCAACUACCUUGUGGACAAGCGCACGGGAGGCGCUGUCACCUGGGAGGUGCCGGAGGGGACCUUCAUGGUGACCAUAGGCUACACGUCCUAUGCGAACCGCGCCUCCAACGCACCGGUGACUAUCACCACAGGCGGCAGGCAGACAACCGUCCGGGUGAACCAGAAGCAAGGCCGAAGCAAGCUGCUGGGGAAGUUCACCUUCCUGAAGGGUGACACCGUGCAGAUCGGCACCUUCGGCGCCGACGGCAAGGUGGUCGCCGACUCGCUGCGGCUCUCCUCCUGCGCCGACGACCUCAACUCGGAGCUCGAGUCGCCCGACGAGGCACCGGAGACGGAGUGGCUUCUGGUGUUCCGCCAGACCUAUCCCAGCCUGUUCCAGAAGGGCCAGUGGUCUCUCAACGCCAAGAGCCCUGACAGUGAUAACUUCGCACUGCUUGAUGAGCUGGAGACAUUCAAGAUCGAUGGCGUCUUUACCUUCAGAUUGCGCUGGCCCAAGGAGCCGCAGCCGGACCAAAUCUGGCGGCAGACCAGCAACCCCGUGACCGCAACUCAUGGUCGGGUGGACGGCUAUCAGGCCGUAGAUGCACCCCAUACGGCCAUGGGAUGGGGUGGCCUACGCCACGGAACUGGCACCGCCUUGCUGGAUGGGUCUGUGUCAAUGGAGGGCCACCACGCGUAUGCAGUUGGCCUCAUGACGCAGGAUGGCAGCGCCAUCCCAGGUCCUGGUGAGCCGGUGCAGCAGGUGGAGCUCUACGUGGAGAAGUUCAAGGAGAUUGAGGUGCCAGAUGAGGCAGCGCUGGGCAACGAGGUCGUCGAGCUCCGGGGACAGUGCCGCAUGCUGCCGCCCAUCCGCGCUGACGCUCCGGGUGCGGAGUUGGUUUCGGAGUCCACCGAGCCGUGGUACGACGACUGUUCCUGCCUUUGCUCCCAGACGGUGGGCUGCCGCGCGCUGCUCUACCGAGACUCCACAGGCCUGUGCCAGCUCUUGGCACAGCCGUGGAAGCACAACUACUUGCCGCCUGCAGCAGACGACGACAUUGUGGCUUCUACCAAGCUCUGCGGGGAUCCGCAAUGCCCGUAUCGCUACUUCAUGCUGGAGGUGGUGGAAGCUGGGGACGCCACGGGCUGGAAGCUGGCGGAGCUGGAGCUGCGGGGCCGCUUCGGGAAGAUCGCCGCUCGGCAGGCGUAA